GCCCUGCGCGCAACUGUCAGGAGAAAACGGGCCGGCGCAUAUUGGCUCGGCGACACGCCGAGGCUCCUCCCCGAGUCUGGAUCCUUAUAUUUUGGGAGAAUUUCUUUGAACUCAGUUAGCGAGCUCGGGGGAAGGAGGCAAGUUCCCACCGCCGGCUCGGCUCGGCGAGGGCUCGCCCACCUUCCCUGCAGCCGCCCAGCGCCCUCGCGGUCCUCCUCCCUCUCGGCUCCGCUGGAGGAGAACGCGCUGGCCCGGCGGAGGAAAAUGCCAGCGAUCUGGAUGUGACGGCGGAGAGAGGGCGCGUGGCUAGAGGAGGCAGAGAGAGAUGAGGAAACCCAUUAUUUGAGAGCCACCAGCCGCUUCAACCCUCCCUGCAAAUUGGUGCUAUCACUUCUGGGGUCCAUUUGCUUGCCUUCUUCCCAACCCCCCCAUUAAGAAUUCUUGACUUGAGGACCAACCCCUACCACGAGGGGGGACGCCUUCUGGGUUGGCAGACCUUUUGGAUGUAGCGUUGUGGGAACAUUUAGACCCUUUCCUCUGGAAGAGCCACCAUGAAUUCGGUAGCUGGAAAUAAAGAGAGGCUUGCGGUCUCCACCAGGGGCAAGAAAUACGGGGUGAAUGAAGUGUGCUCUCCCACCAAGCCCGCCGCGCCCUUCUCCCCCGAGAGCUGGUACCGCAAGGCAUACGAGGAGUCUCGCUCAGGGAGCCGGCCCACCCCCGAGGGCGCGGGUUCUGCGCUCGGCUCGUCGGGUACCCCGUCCCCGGGCUCGGGCACCUCGUCCCCGAGCUCCUUCACUGGCUCUCCGGGCCCCGCAUCUCCGGGCAUCGGUACCAGCUCGCCGGGCUCCCUGGGCGGCUCGCCGGGCUUCGGCACUGGAUCCCCGGGCUCCGGCAGCGGCGGCGGCUCCUCCCCCGGCUCGGACCGCGGCGUCUGGUGCGAGAACUGCAAUGCCCGCUUGGUGGAGCUGAAGAGGCAGGCUCUCAAGCUGCUGCUGCCGGGACCCCUCCCGGGCAAGGACCCUGCUUUCUCUGCUGUGAUUCACGACAAACUCCAGGUCCCUAAUACCAUCAGGAAGUCAUGGAAUGACCGAGACAACCGCUGUGACAUUUGUGCCACACAUCUGAACCAGCUAAAGCAGGAAGCCAUCCAAAUGGUGCUCACCUUGGAGCAGGCAGCCGGCAGCGAGCACUAUGAUGCCUCCCCGGGCUCACCCCCUCCGGUCUCCAGCAUCCCCACCCUGGUGGGGUCCCGGCACAUGGGUGGGCUCCAGCAGCCCAGGGAGUGGGCCUUUGUGCCUGCCCCCUACGCCACCUCUACCUACACAGGCCUUGUCAGCAAACACAGCGGCAAACCCAACAGCCUUGGGGUCAGCAAUGGCGCAGACAAGAAGGGUGGAUCCCCAACACACCAGGCCAAGGUCAGCCUCCAGAUGGCCACCAGUCCCAGCAAUGGGAACGUCCUUAACUCCGUGGCUAUUCAGGCUCACCAGUAUCUGGAUGGCACCUGGUCCCUUUCAAGAACCAAUGGGGUUACCCUGUACCCCUACCAGAUCUCCCAGCUGAUGACAGAGACUGGCCGAGAGGGGCUGACAGAGUCGGCGCUGAACCGCUACAACGCAGACAAGCCCGCAGCCAGCAGCGUCCCUGCCUCCCAGGGCUCCUGUGUGGCCAGUGAGACUUCCACAGGUACCUCGGUGGCUGCUUCCUUCUUCGCACGAGCUGCCCAGAAGUUAAAUCUGUCCUCCAAGAAGAAGAAACACCGACCUUCGACUCCGUCUGCUGCAGAGGCUCCCCUCUUUGCUACCAGCUUCAGUGGGAUCCUGCAGACCUCGCCUCCCCCGGCCCCACCCUGUCUUCUGAGGGCUGUCAACAAGGUGAAGGACACUCCUGGCAUGGGCAAGGUGAAAGUCAUGCUUCGUAUCUGUUCCACAUCCGCUCGAGAUACCUCAGAAUCCAGCUCUUUCCUGAAGGUGGAUCCACGGAAGAAGCAGAUCACCUUGUACGACCCCCUGACCUGUGGGGGUCAAAAUGCCUUCCAGAAAAGAAGCAGCCAGGUUCCUCCGAAGAUGUUCGCCUUUGAUGCGGUUUUCCCACAAGACGCCUCCCAGGCUGAAGUAUGUGCCGGAACGGUGGCCGAGGUAAUCCAGUCUGUGGUGAACGGGGCAGACGGCUGUGUGUUCUGUUUUGGCCAUGCCAAGCUGGGGAAAUCCUACACCAUGAUUGGAAGGGAUGAUUCCAUGCAGAACCUGGGCAUCAUUCCGUGCGCCAUUUCUUGGCUGUUCAAGCUGAUCAAUGAGCGCAAGGAAAAGACCGGGGCCCGAUUCUCAGUCCGGAUCUCAGCUGUCGAGGUGUGGGGGAAAGAGGAGAACCUUCGAGACCUGCUGUCUGAGGUGGCCACGGGCAGCCUACAGGAUGGACAGUCGCCAGGCGUGUACCUCUGUGAGGACCCCAUCUGUGGCACACAGCUGCAGAACCAGAGCGAGCUGCGGGCCCCCACCGCAGAGAAGGCUGCCUUCUUCCUGGAUGCUGCCAUUGCCUCACGGCGAAGCAACCAGCAGGAUUGUGAUGAGGAUGACCACCGUAACUCCCACAUGCUCUUCACCCUGCACAUCUACCAGUACCGGAUGGAGAAGAGCGGGAAGGGCGGAAUGUCUGGAGGUCGCAGCCGCCUGCAUCUCAUCGAUCUGGGCAGCUGUGUGAAGGCUCUCAGCAAAAACCGAGAAGGAGGCUCAGGGUUGUGCCUCUCGCUGUCCGCUCUGGGCAACGUCAUCCUGGCUCUUGUCAAUGGCAGCAAGCACAUCCCGUACAAGGAGAGCAAGCUCACCAUGCUUCUGAGGGAGUCUCUGGGGAACGUGAACUGUCGCACCACCAUGAUCGCGCACAUCUCGGCUGCAGCUGGUAGCUACUCGGAGACCCUGUCCACCAUCCAGAUCGCAUCGAGAGUCUUGAGGAUGAAGAAGAAGAAGACUAAGUACACCUCGAGCUCCUCUGGGGGAGAAAGCUCCUGUGAGGAGGGCCGAAUGCGCAGGCCCACCCAGCUGAGACCCUUUCAUGCCCGGGCUUCCGUGGAUCCCGAAUUCCCUCUUGCCCCGCUGUCCAGCGAUCCCGACUACUCCUCCAGCAGCGAGCAGUCCUGUGACACCGUCAUCUACAUCGGUCCCAACGGCACGGCCUUGUCGGACAAGGAGCUUACUGACAAUGAGGGGCCCCCCGACUUCGUGCCCAUUGUACCCGCCUUACAGAAGACCAGGGGCGACAGCCGCCCUGCGGAGGCAGCGGAGGCUGCAGCCAACACGUCGGAAAGGGACUGUCUGAAGUGCAACACGUUUGCUGAGCUGCAGGAGAGACUAGACUGCAUCGACGGUAGCGAAGAGCCCAAUAAGUUUCCCUUCGAAGAGCUGCCCAUCCAGUUCGGGCCAGAGCAGGCAGGUAGAUGUGUUUCCUUAAGUCAAGCGGCAGGGCCAGAUCCGCUCUCUGAGUCUGACAAGGAAGAUAAUGGGCCAGACAACGGCCAGUUGCCCGCCGACAGGGAGAGCACCGAGCUUCCGGCCUCCAAGGUGCAGCAGAAUCGGUCCCCUGUGCCUACUGCCGCACGCAGCGGUAGCCGCAGCGGUAGCCCCAGCCCGGCCUCACCUCGGAGCAUCCCGGGCAGCAGCAGCCAGCACAGUACCUCCCAGCUCACACAGAGCCCCAGUCUCCAGAGCAGCCGGGAGAGUCUGAACUCAUGUGGCUUUGUGGAGGGCAAGCCCAGACCCAUGGGCUCCCCACGGCUAGGCAUUGCCAGCCUGUCCAAGACCUCAGAGUACAAACCCCCCAGCUCUCCCUCCCAGAGGUGCAAAGUCUACACCCAGAAGGGUGUCCUGCCUUCCUCUGCUCCACCACCUUCCCUGAGCAAAGACUCUGGCAUGGUCUCCAGUGAGUCCUUGCUUCAGCCCGAUGUGCGUACUCCCCCGGUUGGAAUGAGUCCCCAGGUUUUGAAGAAAUCCAUGUCUGCCGGGAGUGAAGGGUUUCCCAGAACCCUGGUUGAAGAUGAGCACCAGGAAGGUCCUCCUGCAGACUCGAAGAAGGAGGUUCUGAGCACCACGAUGGUGACUGUGCAGCAGCCACUGGAACUGAAUGGGGAGGAUGAGCUGGUGUUUACAUUGGUGGAGGAGCUGACCAUCAGCGGGGUGCUUGACAGUGGACGCCCCACCAGCAUCAUCAGCUUCAACAGUGACUGCUCCGUGCAGGCCCUGGCCUCGGGCUCCCGGCCCGUCAGCAUCAUUAGCAGCAUCAGCGAAGACCUGGAAUGUUACUCCAGCAUGGCCCCCGUCUCUGAGGUGAGCAUCACACAGUUCCUGCCCCUCCCCAAGCUGGGCCUGGAUGAGAAGGCUCGGGAAGCUGGCAGCCGGCGCUCCUCCAUCAGUUCCUGGCUGAGCGAGAUGAGCGCAGGCAGUGACGGUGAGCAGUCGUGUCACAGCUUCAUAGCGCAGACGUGCUUCGGGCACGGGGAAGCCAUGGCAGAACCCCCGGCCUCGGAGUUUGUCAACACCAUCCAGAACACUGCCGUGGUAUGCAGAGAGAAGCCGGAGGUGGGCCCCGACAAUCUGCUCAUCUUGUCUGAGAUGGGGGAAGAAUCUGUCAACAAAGCCACUCCCAUCCAAGGCUGCAAAAUCUCCACCCUGGGCAAGGCCAUGGUCACCAUCUCCAACACGGCCAACCUGAGCAGCUGCGAAGGUUACAUCCCCAUGAAGACCAACAUCACGGUUUACCCCUGCAUUGCCAUGAGCCCCCGAAACGUGCAAGAGCCUGAGUCCCCCGCUGCCACCCCAAAGGCAGCCCCCAAAACAGCCCAGUCCCAGGAGAGCAAGGAAGCCAAUGCAAGGAGAGAGAUGAAAUUUGAGGAUCCCUGGUUAAAGCGAGAAGAAGAGGUGAAAAAGGAGAGCGCUUACCCCAGCGAGGAAGGGGUGAGGUGUGAGACCGUCACAAGCUCCCUGACGGCUGAAGGUAAGUCAGAACAGGAGAAGCAUGGCAGGCCCAGCUCAGGCGACAGGCUGAGCUGCAGCAGUGGAGAGGCAUCUGCCGUUCAGGUGACUGACAACAUUAGGAGAGUUGUGGAUGGCUGUGAGAUGGCCCUGCCCAGCUUGGUGACCCAAAGUCCCAUACAUCCCAACAAAAAUCUAAAGUCAAGCAGCCUCCCAAGGGCAUUUCAGAAAGCCGACAGGCAUGAGGUGCUGGACAGCUUCUACCAUUGCCUGGCGGACAGCAAUGGCUUCAGCGGGGCGCUGGGCAUUCCGUCCUCGAAGACAACCCUGGAGAGGAAGGUAGCUUCACCCAAGCAUUGCGUCCUGGCGCGGCCCAAAGGGACACCACCUCUGCCUCCUGUCCGCAAGUCUAGCUUGGACCAGAAGAACAGGGCCAGUCCUCAACACAGCGGCAGCAGCAGCAGCACCAGCAGCCCCCUGAACCAGCCAGCUACCUUCUUGGCUUGCUUCCCUGAUGAGUCCAACAGCAAAACUAAGGAUGCCAGUAGCAGCAGUAAGCUCUUCAGUGCCAAGCUGGAGCAGCUGGCCAGCAGAACCAACUCUCUUGGCAGGACAACAGUCAGCCACUAUGAAUGCUUGUCCCUGGAAAGGGCGGAAAGCCUGUCGUCCGUGAGCUCCCGCAUGCAUGCAGGCAAAGAUAGCACCAUGCCUCGCACCGGCAGGAGCCUGGGUCGCAGCACAGGGGCCUCGCCCCCCAGCUGUGGCAUCACCCAGUCUGCAGGGACCUCUCCCAAGGCCAGCCAGUCCAAGAUCUCCGCGGUAAGCAAGCUCCUGCUGGCCAGUCCCAAAUCCCGCAGCCUGUCCACCCCGACCACCAAAACCCUCAGCUUCUCCACCAAGUCCCUGCCCCAGUCUGUGGGCCAGAGCUCCAACCUGCCACCCAGCGGGAAGCACAUGUCCUGGUCCACCCAGUCGCUCAGCAGAAGCCGGGGCUCUGGCCUGGCUUCCAAACUGCCCCUGCGAGCCGUCAACGGGCGCAUUUCGGAGCUGCUGCAGGGCAGUGCGGGCCCGAGGGGCGCGCAGCUGCGGGCAGAGGCAGAGGAGCGCAGUGGAGCGCCCACGGAGGACAAGCCUGCAGCUGCCCACCUGCUGCCCUCACCCUACAGCAAGAUCACCCCUCCCCGGAAGCCUCACCGCUGCAGCAGCGGGCAUGGCAGUGACAACAGCAGUGUCCUGAGCGGGGAGCUGCCACCUGCCAUGGGGAAGACCGCCCUGUUCUAUCACAGCGGCGGCAGCAGCGGCUAUGAGAGCAUGAUCAGGGACAGCGAGGCCACCGGCAGCGCCUCCUCGGCCCAGGACUCCAUGAGCGAGAACAGCAGCUCCUUCGGAGGGAGGUGCAGGAGUCUCAAGACCCCAAAGAAGCGCUCCAACUCAGGUUCUCAGAGGCGGAGGCUCAUUCCGGCACUGUCCCUCGAUACUCCCUCACCCGUGAGAAAACCGACCAGCAGCACAGGGGUCCGCUGGGUGGACGGUCCCCUGAGGAGCACCCAGAGGGGGCUUGGGGAGCCUUUUGAGAUUAAAGUCUAUGAAAUUGAUGAUGUGGAGCGCCUGCAGCGACGAAGAGGAGGCACCAGCAAGGAGGUCAUGUGUUUCAACGCCAAGCUGAAAAUCCUGGAGCAUCGGCAGCAGAGAAUCGCUGAGGUCCGAGCCAAGUACGAGUGGCUGAUGAAGGAGCUGGAAGCGACCAAACAGUACCUGAUGCUGGACCCCAACAAGUGGCUUCAUGAAUUUGACUUGGAACAGGUCCUGCAGCUGGAUUCCCUGGAGUACCUGGAGGCCCUGGAGGGCGUGACAGAGCGCCUGGAGAGCCGUGUCAACUUCUGCAAGGCCCAUCUCAUGAUGAUCACCUGCUUUGACAUCACCUCCAGGCGCCGAUAAGGACCGGUGGGCUCCCAGCCAUCAGUCCCUCGCUCCCUAGGACUUCAGCAGGACACCACCCUCCCAGGCAGCACUCAAGACACUAGGAUGAGGAUGAAGGUUGGUGGCAAGUCCAGAGUGAGCGAGGCGCGAAAGGCGAUGUUUCCUUUGUUUUCUGUAGGGAAGAAGGGUAAAGACACCAACAUGUGGAAGGCAGAAAUGAUGGGAAAACCCGUGGGACUGAGAAAGCACUUUGAGGAACCUUGGAGAACUCUGUACAUAAGGACCGCUAGCGAAGAGACUCGUACCUUGCGGUUGUGAGGAAGGGGAGGGUGACGCGGGAUUGCCAUUGAAAGCCAAACACCAACAAGACGACCCAGAAUGAUGGAUUAAGUGCCUUGCAAAUCUUUAUGAUUAUCCAAACAUUUGUGUUCGUACUUUCUUGUGUCCGGAUGGUGCUAGUCAAGAAGAAAUCAACAAAACCGAAAACUCAACCCAGUUUUGGAACUGUAUUUGCAGCUUGUUUUUUUCUUGGUUCUGACUUGCUGUCUGUCCCUCCGAAGUUGUGUGUGUAGUGGUAUUGCCUAACCAGUAUUGCCGCUGAAUAAAUGUUAACUGUCUUUGAUGGUUAUCCUGGGAAGGGCACUCAGAACACGGAAACUGCAUUGGCAUGAGCCCGUGUGUUUCCCAGGGAGGUUUAGAAGGGCGAGGAACAGGAGAUGCCACCUUCCAUGAGCAGCAGGUCAGCCAACAGCUCCAGGGUCAAUCGUGGAAUGGGUGCACAUGAGCUUUAGUGAUAAGGAGGGAUGUCUUUAAGAGGAAGGGGUCUGGGUGACCCGGGCGGGCGGGCCCCUGUUCUUGUUUAUUUCAUGUAUUUGCAGCCCUCAAAACAAGUUCAUGUUUCUUUCUGGUCCAAAGCCUGUGGAUGGAAAGCUUGAACAACUUCAGCAGAGUCCUGUUUCUUUGUCUUCGUGUUCUGUGGUGUCAUUGAUGCAGGGUGGAGGUUGGCUGUGUUAAGACUCUCUUGGGCUUACCCAGGUUCAGACUGGACAUCCAUUUAGAAAAAGGAAGCUUGGGGUUGGAGUUGCAUAUCUUUCUGUCACCCAAGGUCCGGUCCACUAGCAAGAGGUCAGCUCUCACCUGUCCUAAAUCCUCUGUAGGUUGUCCCUGCCACCUUGGCAUCCUGAGGCAGAGAGAGGAAUCACAUCCCUAAAUUCCAGAACCCUGAUUAUACAGGACAGAGCCAAAUGAAUGGGGAGACCUAGAUCUUGCUCCCCCUCUAAAACUGAGGACUUUAGCCUCAGAUUACCGCCCUCCCUUCAGGGUUUGUUGGACUAUGUUAGGGAUAUAGGGCUGAGGCAUGGAAUGGUCAGGCAUUGGAUGACCACAGGCUGCAGGAACAACCAACUAUCCCAGGGGAACCAAGAAGUCUCCUCUCUCUCAGAGCCUAUGCAGCCUGCCUGGGCAUACACAUGCUCAGGGUUUUGGAAAGAGGACUCAGCAUCCUCCCACACACACACACUAACCAACUCCUCAAUCCCAGAUGCUCCUCAAAGAGAAAGAACUUUGGAUUUCUGCAACAGUUCUCUCUCUGGACACAUGUAUCCCAGCACAGCGUGGUAUGUGGCCAGCGGAACUCACCACACAGGAGCUGAAGUCAUGUGAGCACCAUGACACUUGAUCUUUUACCCAGAACAGGGCAUAGAUGAGGCUACCCGCUUGACUGUUCUAGAGGUCAGCCCUGUGGACCAAAAGGCAGCCCCAUGGGUCACAAUUCCUGCUUUGCACAUUCCUAAGAGUUGCUUCUUAGGAAAGGUAUCCCAAGCUGCUGGUCAGGUGGACUAAGCUCUGGAAUAGUCCAUGCCCCACUCCGUGCAUCCUACAGCUUUACCAAGUAUGUCUCCUGGGGCAGCAGGGCCUCCACAGCUCCCCUCCAGUGCCAUUCUACAGGAGUCCUGGGUUCAGGGCCCACCUCGGCCUCCUAACACAUGUACCCAUGGGUCUGCUUAACAGCAAUGUUCUUGUAAGUUUCUGGACCUGUAGGGAUGCCAGUACUAUGAACAUCUGUUUUGAUUGCUGGCUGGAAAUAUAUUUCUGUGUUGUUUUGUUUCUCAUGAAAGGCUUUGGUGCGGAAAAGUUUUAAAAAGUGAGCAUGCCUAGAUUUCGUUUCCCUGCUUGAGAGGAAAUUCAUUUGAUUAGUAAUUUCUGAGCUUGGCUUUGGUCCCUGCCGCCUUUCCCCUUACCCCUGAGGUCAUCAAGCCCCAGUGAAUACUUUAGCAGGCCACCCACCAACAGAGCCCAGUGCCUUUGCUGGAGUGAGACCCUGCUGACUCAUCUGUAGAGAGCAGACCCUCAGUCAGCAGGUUCUUUUGGGAGAAGGGCCUUCAGCUGGAGAGUGGCCCUCAGCUGCCUCCCAUGGAGAUCUGUUUGCAUAUAUUCCAAACAUCUUCAUGCUAUAGCAUCAGUGGUUUGGCAAUGGUACUAGGGUUACUUUACCAAGCCAGGUAGGCUACAUCCACGUGGCAAGGCAUCCUAAGGGAUCCAACAGGCUGUGAUGCAGGGAGAUAUUUGUGUGAAAUAGUGUGGAUCUCUUGUUCGUUCUCAUAUCCUGCCCCUCUCCAAAGUAAGCUGUAAGCAUCUUUUUUUUGUUUGUUUGUUUUUGUUUUUGUUUUUUUUGAGACAGGGUUUCUCUGUGUAGUUUUGCGCCUUUCCUGGAACUCACUUGGUAGCCCAGGCUGGCCUCGAACUCACAGAGAUCCGCCUGCCUCUGCCUCCAGAGUGCUGGGAUUAAAGGCGUGUGCCACCACCGCCCGGCUAAGCUGUAAGCAUCUUAAUCUACCAUACUGCAUUAUCUUCACUGAUAACCAGUGGAGACGCCAUGCAUCCCAUGAUGCACCUGUUCCCCGCCCUGCCUGUGGGAAUACAAAGAAGUCCACAGCUGAGGACAGUGCCAGCGUGCGGUGGCUCCAGGUUUGGUUUGGAGGAAAAGAAAGGCAAAGGGAAUGUCAAGGAACUCACGUCUACUUCAUCCCUUUCUGUAGAAGGGCUGGACUUGUUUCUCUGAAAUUAGUACUUAGGUACAUAUGCCUUACUUAAAUUCUGUCCAUUACCCCAACUCUAGCCCAGCUUCAAAGAAUUGACUGUGAGGCUGAAUUAUUUGCAGCCAAGUAAAACUGAAAAAAUAAAAAAUAAAAAAAAUAAAAAAUCUGAGACAAGGGGCAUCAUCCCUCCUGGAGGAAACCCUUAGUUCAUCUCACCUGCGGGGAGGGAGAGGGGUGUUGCUGCUCCCAGGGAGCCUGCCUUUGCUUUGUCUUGGCUUUCAAUACCCACCUGAGAGCUGAAGGCUUUGAUCUUCCCCUUGAACCCUCCUGGAUACCCCAGGAGCUGUUUCUCACUUUCAUCUCGGCAGAGUAGAAACUGGCUGGCCCUUGUGGUUCCAACUCCAAUUGCUGUUCUGAACAUGGGGGACAAAUGAAGCAUAUGCAGAGGUGCGUCCCCUAGUGACACACCAAAGACCCAAGCGAUGACCUCUGAGCAGGAGAAGGGCUCCUGAGCUAGAGACUGGGGUAAGGACCACCCUAAAGCCCCAGGAAAGAGGCGGGGGUGGGCAGCAGAAAUGUUCAUCGGGCAGGUACCAAGUCCCAUUGGUCACAAAUCAGCCUGAAACGUGGGGUCUAGUGUCCAGGAAGAACACUCACGCCGUGUAGGGGGGUGCUUCAAAAGGACCUACGUGCUCAGGGUGUGUGUGCGUGCUUGCUGCAAGGAUUUCCAUUCAAGCUUUAGGCAAGAAAAGCAUCCGCCACGUGGGUGUGGAUCUCAUAUCCCUGGGGAACAGCCACCUUCUCUGGCCUUCAGACUCUCAUGCCCCUCAUUAAUUUGAGCUCAUUCAUAAGCCUUCCUCAUAGACUGGUAUUUCAAACCUGCUGUCUGCCCUUGACUUCCCGAUUGAGAAGGUGAGGUUGGCCAGAGUCCACAGUUUGCACGGUGCAGUCAUGGUCUUUGCUGAUCUGUAAUUGAGCCCGAAGUGGAUGGUUUUUUUGGGUUCCUUAUUCCACCAAGAAUUCUAGUCUGUAAAAGAAAUUACUAAAAAACUGAGUUCCUUCCAAAAUUGGAAACAGAUUUCCUGAAUGUUGUUCUUUCCUUGGACAUAAUGCAAAAACAUUGCCUCCCUUUUAGGGUAGUUUAUCUUUGAAACCCAAAGCUGGGGCCCAUUAGGAACAGGUUGAAAAUCCUGUGUUCUAGGAGCUGAUGCUGACAAAGCCAUCCACUGUCAUUGUCCCUGGAGGCUCCCCGCCACUGCCUAGCAGCGUGGCCCAGCUUUCCACACUGAAAGAGGUGCCCCCCCCGUGCUAACACACAUGUGACGGCACCGCAGAGGGAGAGGCCGGCCGGCCGGCUCGCUCUUCUCCCUGCCAAGCUAAACUGCCGAGGGCAAGAUUCACAGGCAUGAUUGGUAAAUGGGUCUACUUUUAUUUUGAAGUGAUAGAAACACAGUGUUCUUUUAUAUUACACGGAGUACCACUCUCCUCUUCUGAACAAGAUCUGUAACCACUUUAUAACAUUACAAAGCUGUUUGCAAAAAAAUGCGUACAUUGUAUCCUUUAGCCAUCUUCUUGGUGUGUCAAACAGAGCAUGCUUCGAAAUGACAAAUUCUGCAUUAUUUCCAUAAGCAUAAAAGCAGAAUUCUAACCCAGGAAACUCUCUUAAAUCCAGUAUAUCCUCUCAAAAGAAAAAGUUUUAUUUUUUGAAAAUUCCUACAAGUCAAUUUAUCCAUCCCUGAACAAACACAUUCUACUUUGGGGUGGACCUAUGCAACCCCUGAGGUGAUGUCACAGUAUUGGACAGAGUGUGCUACUGUGGGUAGGUCCAAGCCUAAUAUUCUCCACAUACAGCAGUUUCCGGUGUCACGGUUGUGGAAGUGAGCAUUCCAAUCCUGGAACUACACAUUUGUUUUAGUACACUGAGAAUGACCUUCCUUGAAGGGAUCGUCCUGCCUCUGUUCUCCACACUGCCAGCCUCCCACACUGCCAGCCUCCCACACUGCCAGCCUCCCACACGGCCAGGCUGGAUUUACGGAGACGUUAUCAUGGAUUUGUAGCCUCAGAAUGUUGCUCUGUAGUACCGCUUGUGUUUCUGGAUCUAUUUAUGCCCUCCACGUGUUCUGAGUUGAAAUGUGUGCUUGCUCAGUCUGUGUUUGUCUUUUUCUUCUGUUUCCUUUACUCCAGCAAAGUCGAUUAGCAGAGACAUGGGCCAGGGGUGGGAGGAUGGAUACGGACUGGGGUGGGGUCUCCUCCUCCAAGUGCAGAGCUUUGCCCGGCUGCCACUCUAGUAGCCAGCCAAAGGGACUGAGACAAAGUUCUUCCUUUCAAGUUGGCAUGGUGAUGAAGUUGGAAAUCAGGUCCCAUGGGCCUGGGUAGCAGAGGAUCCAGCCUCCUCCACCUGGGUCUCCUCACAGCCACUGAAGAAAGUGCUGACAUUAUUAAGUCCUACUCAUCCCCAAGAUCCCCAAGAGGUCCUCACCUUGGAUAGAUGUUGUAGCUAUCUAUUUGUUAAACCAAAGCACUUUAGUGAGUCUUACAACCCGUAAUACUUAUGGUGUGUGUCCCCUUGCUGGAUCUCUGAGAGGCAGAGCGGGGCUUGGGCCAGUAGUCUCCGUUGAGAGGCAGCUAGAACGAGGAGGAAGAGCCUGGAGCUAGGAGGCAGGGAGCCAGGACCACAUCUGCUGCCAUCACUCGCUAUAAACCUUGGGUGGCCUGCUGCGUUUUGCUGGGCCUCGGGUCCCCCUGUAGACAGUUUGUGGGAGUCAUAAAAGCUGCCCUCCUGGGAUAGUAGAAAAGGAAAGGAACGGUGUAAUUGGUGGGACAUGGUUUGAAGAAAUUAGAAGCUCUCUCCAGAGCGGGGGAGGAUCAUAAAGAGAUGAAGAAACCAACAACAGUAGCCACUGACUGGCCCGGUUCAGAGAAGGGUCUCACAGCAGACCUGGGACGUGAGCCCAGGCACCUGGGCUCUCUCUGUUAGACCACCUUGCACCCAGGGUGUGUACCUGAACACACGCGGCUCCUCUGUGCCAGCCUGUGUACAUCUGUACAGAGGGUGUGUCUGUACAGAGGGUGUGUAACACAGAUGAAGAGCAUAAGACAAAAGCCCCAAGUCUAAUCCUAUUUUCAAUAGUAGACCUACCUGUGGCCUGGGACACACAAGCAACUCUUCGGGAACUCGGAUUUUCUAAGUUGUAAAAUGAGGACAUUGUGGUCCAAGGUCUUUGCGGUUCUUCCGGCUCUGGCUGUGAGUCCACGAUGAGUGAUGUAUGUAUGUAUAUAUCGAUAUGCUUCUCUGUAGAAAUGGGCCCACUGGGAAAAUUGGAGACAAGGCCUGCCCAAGUGCAUUGAUUGUAUCAGAAUCGGCAACUUCACAAGCCCAUAAGCCUUCAUUUUAAAAGUUGAUGGUGGCAUUUACUGUUACUGUUUCAAAGUCACUGUUUCACUGGGUAGAAGAUUGGUGCUGUUUUAAAAAUUAAGUUCUUAGCUCGCAAGUGUUUGCUGUUAAUUUUUAAAGCACAGUCAUUUGUUCAAUAGUCGAAAUUUAAACUAUUCUGCCUUGGGCAGGUCCCCAAUAGUCUGUUUGCAGGUUGGGUUUUGUGUAUGGGCUUUUACAUAACUAUAUUAAAGUUAGCUGUUGGCUUGGUCAUGAUAAAUAUGAACAGAUUGCCUGGAACAGUCCAGAAAAGAAUUGAAUUCUAUAGUUCUCAUCAACUGGUGACAUGAAACCAUUAAGCUAUGUGCGAUUUCCUGGUGUGAAGAUGUUGUUUGCUGGCUACGGUCUCUGACUUUGUGGCAUAUGAGGUAUAAAAUGUUGUAAAAAAAAAAAAAAUCUGGUGUUUAAAAGAAUCAGACUAUGGUGGCAUUAAAUGUUCACUUUUAUUCUA